AUGGUCUGGAGAAUAGUGAAAGAGAUUGGAUCAGUGGUUGAGGAUAAAGAGGAAGCUCUCAAAGCAGAUGCUGCUGAAGUUAAGUCAGGCUUCUGUCCACAUGGAUGGAUUAAAUAUAAUUCACGUUGCUUUCGACUCAUGAGGUCAAGUGUGUCCUGGCUCAGUGCUGAGGCACAGUGUGUAGCUGAACAGUCACGACUGGCAUCUGUACACAAUAUUGGGGAACAUAAAUUCCUGCAGAAUUUGCUGGAAAUGGCUGGUCUAUCAUACGCUUGGAUUGGUGCUUACAACUUCCAGAGAUCAUGGCUGUGGGUUGACACAGCUCGGUUCUUCUACAGUAACUGGUACUCACUGAGCAAUGUGCCCAGCUACCCAUGUGCUGUCAUGAGGAACAAUGUUGGCUGGACUAACACUAACUGUGGAUAUUUAUAUCCAUUCAUCUGUGCUAUUGACCUAAAUACAUGUUACAGGACUGCAGCCAAUGAGACUGGAACUGAGCAAGAACAGGAACUUCCAGGUUAG